AUGUCCGCUCCAACAGGGCAAUUUCACAGGCUGUCCAUUGGUCGAAACAUGCCAGAUACAGCGCUGCCUGCUAGAAUCCGCGCGGGGCGACCGGACUCUUCCGAUAGUGAUGAGGAGGAUAGCUCCUCGGGGAGCUCCAGUGAUGGGGAGGAGGAAGAGGAUGAAGAAAGCAGUGAUGAGCAGUCUGAAUCCACUAGUGCCUCCGUCCUCGCAUCGUCCGGCAUAACCUAUGAUCUCAGCCAACUGGAUUCCGAGUCUGAAGCCAGGGCCUUUGUGGGUUUGACUGGCCGUUUUGAUGUCAUCAACUGUCGCUCUACUCCCGCCGGGUAUGACUUUCAGCUGUUGGAUCGGCCGCAGGUGCAUAUAGGCUCCGACUCAUUUACCUGCACUUGCCCAGUCUUCCAAGGUCAUUCGGACGGGGCGUGCCAGCACAUCUUUUGGCUCGUCGAUCAACUACAUAGCUGCUUCCUGCCCAUACCUCGGUCAACAGAGGUGACACUGACUCCAAACGGACGUCCGGACCGCCUACCGAGGAUCGAGGAUCUCCUGAAAGGUAAUCUAAUGUCGGUUGCAACGCAGCUCAAGUGGCAGUGCCUACGAGAUGAGCAGGAUGGGAUGACGCGGACAGAAAAGGUCCGGGACAUCUUUUCUGCAUUCAGCAAACGAACUCUCCCAGAAGACGCCCGCCGGGACUUGACGGAGACAAUGGAGCAAGCUCGAACGCCAGAGCAAUGCGUGGUUCAAGGCGAUUUUGAGGCAACCAUGUUCCGACUUGCAGUGCACGACGAUGCAGUUUUCGACAGCCUCUGUAAAGCGAUGCCCGCAGGCGCAUGUGCGGCCAUCUACUUCGACAAAGUACAAGAGCAGUCACGCCGACUGCUAGACGACUUCGACCGAUACUGUGCCACCGGGGAGUUACCCGCAGACCCCGUGAGCCCAGGCUUGGGCAUUGAGGUCAACGACGUCGUAAGACAGCUCCAGCGUUCUGUAUCCCGGAUUGCAGUCAACAUGGCCGCACGUGCCCCGCAUGGCUCGGAGGGCGCCGCCGAAGCCCUCGUGUCCCUCCUGGAGUCAGUCGUGGCUCGCAAUCAUGAUCCCCUGGAAGGCAAUCCACUGGGCCGCCAGUCCUUCCAUGGUGAAGACGAGGAUCAGCGCAAUCUAUAUCAUCUGCUCAUCGGGUCGGUCGAAACAGACUCCGAAACAGACGCGCGGCACUUUGUUCUCAACGCGCUUGAUGCCCUGCCGCCGGUGGACCUCCACCAGUGCGCCAACCGGCUGCGCGACAUUCUCAGUAAGCUCGAGGUCAACCGUGCCCCGAAGCCAUAUCUUCUCCACCUGGGCUCGUUGAUCCGUGUCGCUGAAUCUGCUGCUGCUACUGCUAUGGGAUCUGGACAGAAGCGACCGGCGGCUGGGAAUGGGAAUUCCGGGGGAUACUCAAAACGAACCCGCUGA